AGUGUACAUCAAGGAGGCACGAUUUCGUUCAACUUAACUUGACCAAAUAGAUGACUUCGAAUCAGUACGAACACAACGAGGUGUGCACACCCUCCAUUGAGCGCGACCAAUACCGCGAGGCAACGCUGCACUUCAACAUCGCAGCUCCACAACCUGAGAGCAACAAGGACGAUGAAGACAUUGCGCUGGACAAGAAUGGCCGUCCGAUGGUCAAGUGCUUUCGGUGGCGCAUGAGCCGCAGGAAGCGACUGUGUAUCAUCUUCGGACUGAUCUUGCUAUUCAUUGGUGUUGCACUUCUUCUUGUUUUCCUGGUUAUUAUCCCUGCCAUCAUCCGGCACUACAUGGAUAAAGUGGUGCUAACCAUAAAUUACAUGGACGUCACGGACAUUCCGAACGAUUCUGAAAUAGACGUGACCUUCAGUGUAAACCUGCAGCACGAUGUGCCAGUCUCGGCCAGAACUGACGAGGUGACGGCAUCGUUGAUCUACGACGGCGUGGUGUUUGGUACAGCGGCUGUUGAAGGGCAGCAUAUCAAGUCGGGUAACCAGAACUACAACUUGACUAUGAACACGACAAUGGUGAUCUCCGACAUGGACGCGUUUAACGCGAUGGCUGAGGCAAUGAUGCAGAACGAGACGGUCCCUAUCACAAUCUCGGCAGACAUCGACGCCCACGCCAUGGGUUUGUCGUUCAAUAACCUCGACUUCGAGCGCACACUGACUCUGAUUGGUUUCAAUAAUUUCGCGGAGAUAGACUUGGAAGUGCAGCAUAUCGACUUGUGGGGGUGCCGCGAUGGCAUUUACGAGAUGGACGUCAACGCGGUAUCGGUCCACUCAACAUGA